AUGGCCGACGCACCCCGCAAGAAGCAGCCUGCUCCCACCUCCGACACUCCUGCGACUCCCUCCAAUACCGUCAAACCAGGGCCCACGAAGCCAAAAGUCACAAAGUCGACCGCGGCCCCUACCACUUCCGCUAAGACAGUUCCAGGUCCUUCUCCCCCUGCCAAAUCUACUGCGACUUCCACUCCCGCCAAAUCAACUGCAACUUCGACUUCUCCUGGUAAUACCACCAAGCCUACCCCCACCACGGCCUCUACUAGCUCUACAAAAUUAGGCUCGACUUCCGCGGCAUCCGACAGCCAUGGAACCGCGGCCCCCUCCGCCACCGGCGGAGCCAAGUCGGCUUCCGGUCCCCCCGCCCCAGUCAAGCGGGCAUCCAGUUCAUCGGAAAACGGGGACGCCGACAGCCAGCAGCAGAAGAAGGACACCUGGAUGGAGGCGCACUGGAAGAAAUGGUCCCCCCAGGCGGACAAGGACCGCUCCUACCCGGUGGUGUUUGACAAGUCGCCGCCGGCCGUCAAGGCCAAGCUGAUCGCCCUCCUCGGCGGCACCGAGCCCAAGCUCACCACCAUGGACACCUCGCUCUCCUACCUGGAGGCGGCGUCCGGCAAGGCCAACCCCGGCCCCGUCCAGGUCGCGUUCGUGGAGGCGGACGACUUCGAUAAGAUCUGUGAGGCGCUGGACGGGGAUCGGAUUAUGAUCAAGGUGCCCGUCAAGGACAGCAAGGCUACCAAGAAGCGCAGGGCGUUUGUGCCGACCAAGGAGAUCAAGAAGGCGUAG